AUGCUUUUUAGAGAGUAUAGCAUUUCACAUCUCACUUGUUUAGUAUACUGUAACCCUCAGGUGACGAUCAAGCCCCCUGGUAUUGACUGGCAGAAGACGGUGGGAAGCAGCAGCUUAGGGGCGAGCUUCGGCCUUGUCAUGCGGAAUAUGCUGGAUCUAAAAUUAGCUCUACUGAGCGGCCAUUUUAUGGUCGACAUGUACAACGGAGCCUUCGCGGAGGCGCAUGUAGGUUUCAUAGGCUACAAUGUCGACAUCGUCAAGGCGUACGUGUGUUUCAAGGGCCACAUCAGCUAUGACCUGAAUGAUUUUGGUAUUAACAGUCUGUCCGAUCUGGUGAAAAUCUUUGACAAAAUUAUGGACAAGAUUGUCAAACCUAUCGUGAAUGGUGUAAAGGCAUUCAAGCAAUUACUGACCAUGUUCAAGGAUGGUAAGUCGCUGACACAGGUUGUCAACGAAAUCGUGGACAUUGUUAAACACCUCCCAACUCGACUCGGUGAGGUUGCCAGCCGUAUGCGAGACUUUGUGAAGGAACUCUAUAGCAUAAGCGCCAAUAUCGUUGUCGAAGAGAUCAAGGGCAUUGUGAAAGAAAGUAGCGAAUUCAUAGAAGGGAUCAAAAAGGAUGCUCUCAAAUUCUACAAUGACGUUGUUGAUGCUGUUACGAUUGCAUUGCCCUACACAACUAAGAAGAUCAUGGAUGCCGUCAACACAAUCGUGGGGAGUAUCGGGAAACUCUUCAAGAAUCCCACGCAGGCAAUCACAGUGAUGUCCAGGGCGAUAACAGACAUAAAAGUGGCAAUUACCAUGGCAAUUAUCGAUGUGAAAAACAAAGUGGUUGAGGCGUGUCUGUUUUUAAAAGGGAGAGUUGUAGAAUGGAUCGACACAACGAAGAAGAUACCAAUAAUAAUCGCUCGCCUUAAAGAUGUGUUCACGAAACUAAUAGACUCGAAUAAAGAUGGUGCACAUGCAAUAGAGGUCAAAGCCACUACGGCAAUCAGCGAUGGCUUUUCAACCGUGAAAAACACGACGCACGAUCUUUUGAAUAACCUUCAAGGAAAAUGGGACCACAUGUUUGCGCCUCUACAACCUCUGAUUGACUUUGUGAAACCAUUUGUCGAACACUUCAAAUCCAUCAUGGAUGGCAUCAAAAGCAUCAAAUGGGGUUACCAGAAAGUAAAAGAGGCUAUCGAGAUCGGAAGAUCAUUGGUGCAAACGGUGUUUGGACCGAAAUUCGACCGCAACUUCCCAACAAGGCGCCGCGAUGCGUUUGGAGAAUGUCCCUCGGGCUUGUGGCCCUCCACAGCUAACAAGGCGUACGGGACAACUGGGGUAGAUAUCAUUCUCGGAGUGGGACAAACGAUUGUUAUGCCGGUGAACGGUCGAUUAAAGAUUUACAGCGAUGAAAAGAAGGUGGUCAUCAACCCAAACGAUCCGGAGUUUGUACCGCUUGAAAUAGUCAUAGAAAACAUCGACGCAGUUGAAGAGUUGGACGAGAAAACCGUAAAAGCUGGCGAAAAGAUCGGUGAAGCAACCACGGCAAGAGUUUGUAAAGAAAGAAAGCUGACUAUUAAUGUGAAUGAAACCGUUGGUACCCCGCAGGACCCCAAUACAGACAAACUCCUUGACAUUACCAUUGGGGAAGCUACGAAUCCCGAACAAAGUGACUGGAUGUCUACCAGCGACUCUAGAGAUAAGAAUUCCAUCCACGUCUCAGUAAGAAAGGCUCAGGAAGCCAUUCUGCUUGAUGCGGAUUAUGACUACACUGAUCCGUCACCUUUCCUUGAUCGCUUGGUGCCGAUUCCAAAAUGGAUCCAGGAAUGUAACGAUCACGAGUUUAGGUACAUAGGGCAGACAUUCGAAUCUGGUGAAUUGAAUGACGGUAAAGAUCCCGUUAAGGAGGAGACGCCUAUAGCACGUCGUCAACCCGACGCGGAUGAUGUGAUUAGUGAUGAGGAUUUAAAAUACAGGCCUGACGACCAAUCACUGUAUGACCCUAUGUCAUUUGGAGACAGUUUUAAACAAAGUCUAAAGGCUCAAACCAAACUGUUCACGGAGCUGUUCAAAAAAGCUCUCUUUGGAAGCAAGUAA